AUGGUCCCCAAAUCAGAUGUCGAGGAAACGCUGGUGGCAGUGGUCACUGUCGACCGGUCAUCGAAAGUUGCCAGACAACUAUAUGUCGGUAACAUCCCUCGCACAACAAACAAUUAUGAACUCCAGAAGGUUUUUGAAGAACAUGGUGUCGUUGAGAAAGUUGAGGUAUAUCAAUCUGGUCAAUGGAUGGUGGUCAGAUUCUUUUCCAAUUUCUCAAUCGUCUAUGCGUAUCGAACCCUAACCCUCCUUCUUUCAGUUCAUUUUCUUCCUCUUUUUUUGAUGACAUAUGAGCUUUUAAAUGUUCUUGAGUUCAACAGUGCAAGUAAACGAAUGUCUAUUAUUGGUCAUGAGGAAUUCAGAAACUAUCUUUUACUCAACAAAGGAUUUGCAAAAAACAGGAGCCAAUUUGAAGAAAAUGCAAAAGAACGAGUGAAUGAGAAGAUUUGUCGGAGUUGA